CUCCUCCAGUUUGCCAUCUGGACUCGGAAUCUCUGCGCGUCUACAGGUUGCGCGCUCUGGAAAGUCAAAGGAUUGGUUUAAAACACACGCAACAGGUUAUAAGUGCGCUAAUGAAUCCGAGAGCUAUCUCGAGAGGGAGAAAUGUGGGAACAAAAUAAUUAAAUAAACCAGCGAUAACAUUCAUCACCUUUUUGGAUUGGCUCAUUUGUAUUAGUGUGAAACUCUGCGCGAAAGUUCAUCAUGGUUUCUUUGCUGGAUUUAUGCGCUCUUGUUCUGUCGCUCGUUUGGGGAUAUUGCGUCCUGGCAGACACGGGCUUUACAAACUUUACUCUGGACAACGAGGUCCACUCUAGUUUCAUCCACCGGCGCUUGAAGAGCCAGGAGCGCCGGGAGAUGCAGCGGGAGAUCCUGUCAAUCCUCGGGUUACCGCACCGGCCACGGCCGCACCUCCACGGCAAGCACAACGCCGCGCCGAUGUUCAUGCUGGAUCUGUACAAUGCCAUGUCCACUGAGGGAGACGAGGAGGGCUUCUCGUACCCCUACAAGCCCGUUUUCACCACUCAGGGACCGCCGAUCGCGACCCUUCAGGACAACAACUUCCUGAACGACGCGGACAUGGUCAUGAGUUUUGUUAAUCUAGUUGAACACGAUAAGGAGUUUUUACCCGUGAGGCGCCAUCACAGAGAAUUCCUCUUUGACCUGUCCAAGAUUCCGGAGGGUGAAGCGGUGACUGCUGCGGAGUUCCGCAUCUACAAGGACUUCAUUCCGGAGCGCUUUGACAACGAGACCUUCCGCAUCAGCGUCUACCAGGUGCUGGAAGAACAUUCGGACAGGGACUCAGAUCUGUUCCUGCUGGACUCACGGGUGAUCUGGGCAGCAGAAGAGGGCUGGCUGGUGUUCGACAUCACAGCCACCAGUAACCACUGGGUGCUGAACCCGGGCAGGAACCUGGGCCUGCAGCUGGCUCUGGAAAGUUUGGAUGGUCAGAGCGCGAACCCCUGGGUGGCGGGGCUGGUGGGCCGAAGCGGACCCCAGAGCAAACAACCCUUCAUGGUGGCCUUCUUCAAAGCCACAGAGGUCCACAUCCGCAGCAUCCGCUCCCCACAUGGUGGCAACAAGCAGCGCAAUCCCAACCGCUCCAAAACCGCCAAGGGCCAGGAGGCACUGCGUGUAGCCAAUAUCGCAGAGAACAGCAGUGCUGAUCAGAAGCAGGCCUGUAAGAAACAUGAGUUGUACGUUAGUUUUCGAGACCUUGGAUGGCAGGAUUGGAUUAUAGCUCCUGAAGGAUACGCUGCAUAUUACUGUAUGGGAGAAUGUGCCUUUCCUCUCAAUUCCUAUAUGAACGCCACAAACCAUGCCAUCGUACAGACUUUGGUUCACUUCAUCAACCCCGACAUGGUUCCAAAACCAUGCUGCGCCCCUACACAACUCCACGCCAUCUCCGUCCUGUAUUUCGAUGACAGCUCCAAUGUCAUCCUGAAGAAAUACCGCAACAUGGUGGUCAGAGCGUGUGGCUGCCACUAGAGUCCUAUCACACACACACACACACACACACACACACUGACUGCUCCACAUUUACUUAAUAAACGGACAAGUUUCCAGCAAAACCAUAUGAAGAUCUCAGGCCAGUUCCAGGAUUUUGUUUACCAUGGACAAUGUGCAAAAUUAUAUAUAUGUACAACAAUUAACAUUUUAAGUAUUGCAAAAAAAGUGAAAGGAAAUUUCCUCAAAUAACUUCUCUCUUACACAAACACCAACAUAUGUAUGCACACAUAUACAUGCUCACAUGUACACACUUCUAUAUGAUAUUUGUGCUUUCUACUGUGUAAAUAGUUUUUCAAUGAAACAAAAGUGUAUUUAUUUUCCUGGUCUUCCAACAUGGAGUCUAAAACAUCCUUGUCUUUUGGUCUGUUUUUUAAUUUUUUAAUUUUAUUACUUUAUUUUUAUGUCUUCCACACUGUUAAAAUACAUUUUCAAAAACAAUUCAGGAAUUUUUUAAAAUGUAACCGUUCCAUGUUAGAAAAUUCCAAAAUGUCGGAUAACCUGCUGCC